AUGGGCUCCCACUGCUCCAGCCUGGAUGAUAUCCUGGAGGAGGAUAUGCACCACUGGUACACUAAAUUCAUGCGAGAGUCUCCUUCAGGGCUCAUCACGCUCUUCGAGCUCAAGACCAUGCUGGAAAUGAAUGGAAUGACAGAGGAGGCACACAGCUAUGUUGACCAAGUCUUCUUCACCUUUGACAUGGAUGGGGAUGGCUACAUAGACUUUGUGGAAUACAUCGCAGGAAUAAGUCUGCUACUGAAAGGAGAAAUCAACCAGAAGCUAAAGUGGUACUUCAAGCUCUUUGAUCAAGACGGAAACGGGAAAAUUGACAAGGAAGAAAUGGAGACUAUAUUCAAGGCUAUUCAAGACAUCACCAGAAGUUAUGACGUCCCUCCAGAAGAGAUUGUGAAUAUUGUGUAUGAGAAGAUCGAUGUGAACGGAGAAGGUGAGCUGACAUUGGAGGAGUUCAUCAGCGGAGCCAGGGAUCAUCCUGACAUCAUGGAUAUGCUCGCUAAAAUGAUGGAUCUCACCACCGUCCUGGAAAUCAUUAUCAGAGGUCAACAGAAGAAACCUGUCACUUCGUAAUGGAGAAGCAGGACUGUGUGGACAAUCAAGAUCAAGUUUGGUGGAUUUCAGAAAGCAGCAUUGUUGAGGAGAGAAUGUACUGUAUAUAUUUGAAUGAUGAAGAGCCAAGUUUCAUCUCAAACUGCACUGACUGGGCUGAAUGAACUGACUGUACAGUCCCAUCAGAUACAACCUCUCUGUACGUUGAUCAAGGGAAACAGAGAACGUCUCCAUCUUCUGCUGCUUGUGCUCUCACCUUUCUGGAAAAAUCGGUCCUUCAGUUUUGUCAAUUUGUCAAAUUAAUAGCUGAUGUGUUUGAAGAGUCUCCAUGGUGGUAGGCUGGUCUAUACUUGAGUUCCUGUCAUGCUGUACACAAACAAGAUGGAUAAAGCACUUUGAUUUACUUAAUUAAGAGAUUAUUGAGCCGGAAAUUGAUUGGGACUCUUGUUUGGCAGAGCUGUCAAGGGCAUCUGGAAUAGUAAAGUGGGUUUCCUCUUCCGAAAACGUCAAACAGCUUUAGGUUUAUAUUUUGUUCGUCAUCAAAAAUAUUUAACUUGGUGUAACAUUCAAUUUUCAAGUAUUCCAAUAUCACUGCGAUCGUUUGUUCUUUGUUGUCUCCAUGAAAGAUUCUCUUUUGUUUGUUCAAAAAAAAAUGUAGGUUGUAAAUGAAUAGCCAUGUAGUGAGUGUACCAGUGUAUAAAUGUGGGACUUGAAAUGCAAUGGUUAAUCAUA